ACUUCAGCCACCAGUACCACCUAAGUCUGGCGCAUCUUUGUCUCAGCAUGGCACUGCCUUGGGCCCUUGCAGUCUUGAGCCUUCUUCCACUGCUGGAUGCUGGGAGCCCGGUGUGUACCAAUCACACGGUGCCUAUCACCAAAGCUGCCCUGGACCGGAUCUCUGGCCGGUGGUUUUAUAUUGCUUCGGCUUACCGGUACCCAGCGUAUAAGGAGCUAGCUAGCAAGAUAAAGACCGCCUUCUUUUACAUGACACCCAACCACACGGAGGACACGGUACUGCUCAGAGAAUACAUAACCAUUGGGGACAACUGCACCUAUAAAUCCAGUAACCUGACAAUCAAUCGGGAAAAUGGGACCCUGGUUAAAUACGAGAAUGGUACAGGACACUUUGGCUACUUGAUGCUACCCAAGGAUAACAGGACCUACAUGUUAAUUGCUUUCCCAGACGACCCACAGAAAAUAGCAGUAUCUUUCUAUGCUGACAAGCCAGAGGUGACCUCGGAGCAAAUGGACCAGUUCUACGAGAACCUCUGGUGCAGAGGCAUGAACAAGUCAGAAGUUAUGUAUACCGAUGAUAAAAAGGAUCUCUGUAAGACGCUGGAGAAACAACAUGAGGAGGAGAGGAAGGCCAAAGGCGAGAAGACCGAGAAAGACACAGUAUUGGAUAAGGACGUCGGAGACGUCGGGGGUCUGUCCUGAGCCCCCCUUCCAACAUUUGUACCUCAGUUCUUUCCCUCUGUGGCAUCAAUAAAGCUUCUGCUUUGGAAUAA